AUGGCAGACAAGCACAUCCUCCUCAUCACCGGCGCCAACACCGGCAUUGGUUACGAGGCCGUCAAGGCCCUCCUGCGCUCUCCCAAGCCCUACCGCAUCUUCCUCGGCAGCCGCACCCUCGAAAAGAGCCAAACCGCCAUCGAGGCCCUCGCCAAGGAGUUUCACUCGUCGCAGAGCACCCUCGAGCCCGUCGCCGUUGAGCUGGAGAGCGACGAGUCCAUUGCCAAGGCGUUUGAGGCCGUCAGCGCAAAGGUCGACCGCAUUGAUACUCUUGUCAACAACGCUGGCGCAGCAUUUGACACCACCGACUUUGCAAACGACGUCUCCAACGCCCGGACAAUCUUCAACAAGGCCUUUGACGUCAACGUCACCGGCACCCACAUCGUGACGGCCACCUUUGCCCCCUUGCUCAUCAAGUCCGCCUCCCCGCGCCUCCUCUUCCUCACCUCGGGGCUGUCGACGCUGGAGGCGCACUCGCGCGACUUCUACCCUCCCUGGGCGCCCAAGCCGCAGGCCGGCUGGCCCAAGAAGGGCGUCAUUGCCAACCUCGGGUACAAGAGCAGCAAGACGGCGCUCAACAUGGUGAUGCUCAACUGGCACUGGCUGCUCAAGGAGGACGGCGUCAGGACCUUUGCCAUUAGUCCCGGGUUUUUGGCGACCAACUUGGGGGGCGUUCCGGAGAUGCUCAAGGCCAUGGGGGCGGGAGAUCCGGCCAUUGGCGGCGAGUUUAUCAGGAAGGUUGUUGAGGGGGAGAGGGAUGCGGAUGCGGGCAAGGUUGUCAACGGUCAGGGCACGCAGCCGUGGUAG